AUGGAGACUGGUGGUGGACGCGGCAUUAACUGCACUUGGGAGCAUUGUAAUAAGUCCUUCAAUCGCAAGUCAGACCUGUGCAGGCACUAUCGGAUACAUACCAAGGAGCGACCGUACCGCUGCACCGUCAAGGACUGCAACAAAACCUUCAUCCAGCGGAGUGCAUUGACAGUGCAUUCGCGGACGCACACGGGAGAGAAACCUCAUGUCUGUGACCACAGAGGAUGCCAUAAGGCCUUUUCUGACGUAUGCACCGCCUGGCUUAUUCAUAGCUUGUCUAUGCUGACCAUCACAGUCAUCGAGUCUCGCCCGUCAUCGGAGGAUUCAUACGGGAAAGCGGCCCUAUAUCUGUCAGGAGCCAACGUGCAGAUGAGCGUAAGCAUUGGUCCGGUUCUAGUGCUUGUGGUAUUUCUAACAAUUCGAAGCUUCUGCCGCAAAAUGACCUUGACCAAGCACCAACAACGCUUCCACCCCUCAGAAUCCAUGACUCGACUGUCCUUGGAAGAUGCAAUGUCCGAACACUCGUAUUAA